AUGGACUCCGGUGCUCCUCAGACUGCUCCUACUGGCAACGUCAGCGGCCGUCGCCGAAGCUCAGGCUUCAUGCCAGCCUUCGCCAGCCUCAACGAACAGAAGCGAGCCGGCGAUGCCAACGCCGCCCGUCGUGCGAGUAUGUCAGACCAACAAGCAAAGGGUGGCUUGUUCAGCCAGUUCUUCCACAAGUACGUCACUAUCAUCACCUCAACACACGUCUUUGAUAUUGACAACUGUCACAGCAACUUCGGCAAGAACGCUGCUAAAUAA